AUGGUUCACCAUAAAGUCACCAUUAUUGGAUCCGGACCCGCCGCCCACACGGCAGCCAUCUACUUGGCCAGGGCCGAGGUCAAGCCCACUUUGUACGAAGGUAUGUUGGCCAACGGGGUAGCUGCAGGCGGGCAGUUGACGACCACCACCGACAUUGAGAAUUUCCCCGGCUUCCCCGAGGGGAUCAGCGGCUCUGGCUUGAUGGAGCGAAUGAGAGAGCAAAGUGAGCGGUUUGGCACCGAGAUCAUCACGGAAACUAUUGCCAAGUGCGACUUGAGCCAGCGACCAUUCAAGUUGUGGACCGAGUUCAACGAGGAGGAGGCACCGAUCACUACCGAUGCCGUGAUCAUCGCCACGGGUGCCUCCGCCAAGAGAAUGCACCUUCCGGGCGAAGACACCUACUGGCAACAAGGAAUUUCCGCGUGCGCCGUUUGCGAUGGCGCCGUGCCAAUUUUCAGAAACAAGCCCUUGGCCGUUGUUGGCGGCGGAGACUCUGCGUGUGAGGAGGCGUUGUUUUUGACCAAGUACGCCUCCAAGGUCUAUUUGCUCGUGAGAAGAGACGUCUUGAGAGCCUCGACCAUCAUGCAAAAGAGAGCCAAGAACAACGACAAGUUGGAAAUCUUGUGGAACACCGAGGCCAAGGAGGCGAAAGGAGAUGGCAAAUUUUUGCAGUCGCUCAAGAUUUUCAACAACAAGACCAAGGAGGACUCCGAUUUGCAAGUCAACGGAUUGUUCUAUGCUAUCGGCCACAUUCCAGCUACAAAGAUCUUUGAAGGACAAGUGGAGAUGGACGACACGGGUUACAUUCAAACCAAGCCCGGUACUGCCGAGACCUCUGUUGCCGGUGUGUUUGCUGCCGGUGAUGUGCAAGACAAAAUUUAUAGACAAGCCAUCACUUCUGCCGGUACUGGUUGUAUGGCUGCUUUAGAAUGUGAAAAGUUCAUCGCUGAACAAGAAGAUUAG